GGAGACAAUAUUUGUAUAUGGGAGGGCGGCGAGGGCCGUACGUCGGCCGGAGGCUCUGGGUUUCUGUGUGAUCGGCGUGGACUGUUCGAUGGACGGUGCCGCACGGGCGUGUGCAGGGGCUGUCCGGGCUGAGGAGGAUGACGAGGGGCGAUGGCGAGGGAUGGAGAGAGCUGUGCAGGCGAGUGCGAACGGCGAUUAAUGGGAUUGUUAUUCUGAUCUGAGACGGGCGGAGGGGGAGCUCGUCCCGGAUCAUUGGCCGCUCCAUCGCGUGCGUGCGUUGCUUGUUCUCGCCGUGGCUCUCGCCGUGGCUCUCUCGAUCGCCCAAACGCGCAGGCUUAGCCUCAGUCUCAGCCUAAGCCGCCUAAGCCGCCUAAGCCCAAGCCUGCAGUCCUCGUCCGCCAGCGACCCGCGGGCGAACGUCCACGGCCCGCACGCCCACUCUUCCUUCUCGCCUUCUAGAACGCACCCCCCUCUUCUCACCCUCACUUUCCUUCUCCGGCCACCCGUCUGCCACAUACCGCUCUCCAAGCCAUUCCUUCCUCCUCCCCUUCCCUCUCCCUGUCCCUCCUUUCCCCCGACGUCCCCGCCCCCCUUCCCCGCCCCGCAACACACAUGCGCGCCGCCAAGUCCACCCACGCCCGCUCUCAGCAGCUCCCCAACGACCAUGACCGCCGCCCCUCCGACCCCUUCCUCGCCGCGCUCCUCCCCCCGCCCGACGAAACCCCCGAGCAGCGCGAAGCGCGCCUCCAGCAAGAGGAGGAAGCCAGGAAGCGCAGCGAGAACAUCGACCGCAUGCUUCGCCACGACGACAAGCGCAACCGCAGGAAGAAGACCGUCAAGGUCCUUCUCCUCGGCCAGAGCGAGAGCGGAAAGAGCACAACUCUAAAACAGUUCCAGCUCUUGCAUACACCCGCUGCGUUUCACAAAGAGCGAAUAGCAUGGCGCUUCGUUAUCUACCUCAACCUCGUCCGCUCCAUCCGCCGCAUCCUCGAGGCCAUCUCGCCGGAAGAUAUCAACGGGCUGGACGAAGAGGACUUCGGGGACAGCACGGAAACCGCCUCCAUCAUCAUCGCGAGCCCCGACCGCCCCUCCUCGUCGCACGCGAGCAACCAGCCCAACUACGAGGCGUACCGCCGCCGGCUCGCGCCGCUCAUGGACCUCGAGCAGCGCCUCAUCAACGUCCUCUCCGACCCCGAGGACAACAGCGACAAGGAGGCGACCCACCUCCCCGGCUUCUCGCCCCACUCCUUCUCCGCCUUCGCCGCCCCCGCGGGCAUAUCCCCCUCCACGUCCGCGUCCUCCGCAUACUCCGGAUGGACGUCCGCGUCCGCGUCCUCUCACGGGGGCGCCCGUGUCCCCGCCCACCAGCCCGGGCGCCCUCCCCCGAUCACGAUCCCGCCGACGCCCGGGCCCUCGCACUCGCACUCGCACCCACACCCCACCGCGGGGCCAUCGGGGGCGACGGGGGCAGGCGCAGGGCCGACGUCGCCGCGGUCCCCAACGUCGCCGACGGUGUCGCUGGGCAGCGGGAGCAACCACGAGCCGUCGAUCCGGACGGGGUCGAACUGGAAGAAGCACUUCGCGCUGGGCAAGAUCCAGAGCCAGAAGACGGCGCACUCGGGCGAGCUCGAGGGGUGGUGGGAGGACCCGGGCGACCCGGUGCACGUCCUGAACCGGUGCGCGCCCGUCAUGAAGGAGCUGUGGGCGGACCCGAAGAUCCAGCAGCGGCUCGCGGAGAAGAAGAUUCGGCUGGAGGAGAGCAGCGGGUUCUAUUUGGACGAGAUCGACCGAAUAACGGCCAAGAUGUACUUCCCCACCGACGACGACGUCUUGAAGGCACGAUUGAAGACUACAGGGGUAGUCGAACACAAGUUCACGCUGGCGAAGAACACCGAGUUCCGCGGGGUCGAGUGGGUGAUAUACGACGUCGGCGGCGCGCGGAAUCAGCGGCAGGCUUGGGCCCCGUAUUUCGACGACGUCAAUGCGAUAAUCUUCCUUGCACCUAUCAGUGCCUUCGAUCAGCAAUUGGCGGAGGACCCUAAGGUGAACCGGCUGGAAGACUCGUUUCUGCUCUGGAAGUCUGUGAUCGAGAGCAGGCUGCUGGCGCACGUGAACAUCGUGCUCUUCUUGAACAAGUGCGACUUGCUCAAGAAGAAGCUCGAGAGCGGCGUGCGGCUGAAGCACUAUAUGCCGUCGUUCAACCGUCCGAAUGACUAUGACACGGUCUCGCAGUACUUUCGUAACCGGUUUGGCGCAAUGCAUCAGCAGCUGUCACCAAACAAGUCGAGAGAGCUAUUCAUUCAUUUGACGGCUGUCACCGAUACCCCAAAGACGCAUAUCAUUAUAUCAAACGUGCGCGACAUCAUCCUCACCGCGAACCUGAAGUCAUCUUCGUUGAUGUGACACGAGCGAGCGCCGGUGCUUCUUCGAUCUUGGGUCGGAUCCGGAGACCCACAGGAUGUAUCAUACUAUCACGACCGCAGCGAAGACGACCCAUCAUCAUGCACACCUGGAAUUGUACUCUAAAUUUUGUCGUAGUAUCCACCCCUGCCCUUCCUGCGAUCUCCCCAGUCGCGCGCCUCGCAGUCUGCUGCGGCAUCCGUGUCAUCUGCGCGCUACGUUCGACCACUCUGUCAGUCAAGCGCUACGUUGCGACCCUACCUGGCUCUGCAGCCUCGACUGCGCCUGAACCACUCCCGUUCCGAUUGUCCGGAUUAUCGUUACGUGUCGUGUCUCUCCAUCUAUUUGCAUAGUCUACACUUGUGACGCUCUCAAUGUCAUGCAAUCGUUCUAGUGCUUACAUAACACCUUCGUUCCCUUUCUUCUCAAUGUUAGCCCGGAUAUCUUUCCAAUGCCAACUUCUAGCUCUCCUUGUAAUCUGUCAUCCCCCCCAUAUAUCGUCGUAUCUCUUUCCAUCUCUCCUAUCAAUGUUGUGCCGCUCUUCGGCCGUCGGCUGGCUGUGUAUAAUCUACUCCCACACACCUUGCGUUCCCAGGGCCUACUGUAAUGGCAAACUCUCAACCCGCUCGCUCGUCUU